AUGUCAGAAGUGAAAUGGACCCAUCAGAAAGAGGAUGAAGGGGGUAAAACCAGUAUGGAGGAAGAGAGCAUAGCAUUGAAAUGUGCUUCUUCAGAAUUUGAGAUUCUAAAAAAGAGAAAUGAAGAUGAGAAUACCGUGAAGCAUAAAACAGAAGCAGUGAAGGAGUUGAUGAGUAAUGUGGAGAACCCUCAAGACAAAUCUAAGAAUGCUGCACCUAAUGUAACCGGACAAGAGCUGUCAAGAGUUGGGAGCUCUCCGGGUGUUGAAAGUCCAAAAGAUCCUAUUACUGUUAAAAAUACUGAGGUGCUUGGGGUGGGAUUGAACAAGAUGUUUGCAGAACAUUUGCACACAGGCAGGAUUACAACUGACAAUCUUCAGACUUAUGUGGGGGAAAACAAACUGCAUGGAGAGAUCAUGAUCUGCACCCACCCACCCACUACCAUCAAUGCAGCCACCAUCCUGCUUUGUAGCGGUGUGUCUGGAUCAAGGGGGGACCCCCACCAACAGGCAUGCAGUUUUACCAGUGAAUUAGCCCUGGAGCAAGAGCAGGCCCAACACUGGCACAUGUGGUUAAGAGGCAAAAUGCUGCGGGAGAGCACCAGAAUGAAGAAGGGAUUGCAGAUGGAAGGAGGAGGGGGAGAAAGAGGGCAAGGAACGGAUGAGGACUCGGAACCAGAGCCCCCACCGGUAAUUCGCAGGAAAGUGUCAUUCGCUGAUGCAUUCGGGUUGAACCUGGUGUCAGUGAAGGAGUUUGAUAACGUGGAGGUCAACGCAGCUUCUGAUGGGGAUGAGAAUCACCAUCUGGAGGACUUCUACAUGUCCUGUCUGUUCACAGUCCCGUCAUCCGCAGAGGAGCUAGAUGAGAGGCUGCAAGUGCAGAAUGUCGAGCUGGAGAGCAUCGAGCUUCUCCCGGCGACCACCACUCUCCGCGGCAUCAUCAGGGUGGUCAACCUCUGCUACAGCAAAUCGGUUUUCGUCCGGAUCAGCCUGGACCGCUGGCAGAACUACUUUGACCUUCUGGCGGAAUAUGUUCCUGGAUCCAGCGACAGAAAAACGGACAGGUUCAGCUUUAGUUAUGCCCUAAGUCCACCCUUUGAGAGAGAGGGCACCAGGGUGGAGUUCUGUUUGCGCUACGAAACAUCAGUGGGCACCUUUUGGGCUAACAAUAAGGACAUGAACUAUGUAUUGUUCUGCCACCAUAAAGGACAAAUGAAGGAGCUUCAAAUUCAAGAUGAGGGUUCAUUCCACAAGGUCAAGAGGAGCUGUCUCAGACCUAGCAGGAGGGGAAGCACAGAGGAAAAGACCAUAGACACCAUUAAUACUGCAGCAGCUGCUACAGACACAGAGGCCACACAUAAAGCAAAGGAGGCUGACAGGAAGACUGUGGAUAUCACAGAGCUGCAUUCAUUAAUACGCCAUGAGAGACACAAACCCUUGGUGGAUAUUAUCAGAAAUAGACACAGAGGAGCACGUAUAGCGUGUAUGAAGGAAAAAUUGUCCCAAAGAAGGCAGCAAGAACUACAUGACUCAACCAGUGGCCUGAGGCAGCGACAAAAGAUCCACCAGCAGCUUUUUAAACCCGAGCCUCACCUAUGGGGUGACUCUACCAGCGUCUACCGUAAACACUCAAAGAAACAGACAGGCAAGAGCCCACAGGUCCUCACCUACCACCAGAUUCCUCUGCUUACACUGGACUGGAACAAACCACAGGGGUCUGAUGGUGUGGAAGAUAUCUGGACUGGAGGAGCUACAUCGACUUUGUCACCAGUGGAGAAUAUGGAGAAUGCACCUUCAGUCAGCGAUAUAUGGGAGACCUUUCUUAAUGGCACGGACAAUAACACUGAUGAGGGUGCGUCUGUGUGUGACGUAUGGCAGGCAUUCCUUAACGGGCCAAGCUACGAGGAUCAUUCUGGUGUUCCGGAGUCAGAGUGGCUGCAGACAGCAGCAUCGGUGUCUCCCUCAAAUGAUAAAAUAACGCGACAUGUAGCAAGAAGUCGAGAGCGCAUAUCUCAUGUGGGCAAAAAUACACCCGAACCCUCAGUUGAAAACACCUCAGCCGAGUGUCAGCCACUGUCACAUGCUUAUGAACCCUCUCUGGCUACUGUCUGCGACUCAUGUGUCAGUACCCCAAGAGACGACAGCGCAUUGACACAACAUACACCCCAAAGGUCACAGACAAACCCCAUAACAGAUACUUUCAAGGAAUCCAGACUCUUGGGGCCAGCAUACGUGUCCGAGGGCUCUGUUGACAGUUCCUCUCAGUGGCACAAGAAUGUGUCCUGGGGGCAAGAAAGGGGAGAAUUAACAGGAAGAGCAGGAGGAAUAGGAGGAGAUGAGCCCUUUACACCCCCUACACCUGACUCGGUAACAAGCUCAGGGGAGUCAGAGACAACAGACAUGACAGCAGUGUCUCAGAAUGCCAGUGCUGUUGAUAGGAUCUCACAGGGAGCAAGGCGAAGGGAGGUUACAGGUACUGCACACAAUGCGGCGGGUGACACGCUGGCAUUUAGGGAGACAAUCAGGCAGACGACAAAGGAUGGGGAGGGGUUCGUUUUUGCUGCAUUGGGACAAGGAGCAGAAGGUAUUACGCCAAACGAAGAGUCUGAAGCCUCCCAAAGACACACAGAUGAAAGCCAACACGAAGAACCGAGGCUGCACCGAAACAGUAAAAAUCCAAAAAUGCUGAGUGAGACAGAUGAAAGUGCUGACGAACUGAAGCUCAACCCAACAAGUGAGGGCAAAAACGGGCAAAGGCAGAUUUGGGCGAGCAAAAUGAAUGAAUUGGACGAAUUGGAAAAUGAAGAUGUGACAUCAAAUACCAAAGAAGUUUUUGGAAAGACAGAUUUUGAGCUACUGUUUUGUGCAACAAGAGAAGAAGCAAGAUGGUCUGUCGCUGAAGUUGACAAUAUCCAGGUAUUGGACGAGGAAGUAUGGCAACACAAUGAAAAAGGUUUAGAAGGGAGUUCAGUCAUUGGGCAGAUGGGAAAUCCAUGUGUAUUUUCCAAAGAAUGUAAUAAAGUGUCAAUGCCAGUCCCAGCAGGGGAAGAGGAAUGCAUUCAGAAGGGAGAAACUGAGGCGGAAUCAACACUGAUACAAAUAGCGGAAAAAGAUCAGCUGAAAUCUAAACCGCGUGACAAUAUUUUAAAUCAAACGAGCCAACCAACGAUCUUAGAGAUGUCAGAAGUGAAAUGGACCCAUCAGAAAGAGGAUGAAGGGGGUAAAACCAGUAUGGAGGAAGAGAGCAUAGCAUUGAAAUGUGCUUCUUCAGAAUUUGAGAUUCUAAAAAAGAGAAAUGAAGAUGAGAAUACCGUGAAGCAUAAAACAGAAGCAGUGAAGGAGUUGAUGAGUAAUGUGGAGAACCCUCAAGACAAAUCUAAGAAUGCUGCACCUAAUGUAACCGGACAAGAGCUGUCAAGAGUUGGGAGCUCUCCGGGUGUUGAAAGUCCAAAAGAUCCUAUUACUGUUAAAAAUACUGAGGUGCUUGGGGUGGGAUUGAACAAGAUGUUUGCAGAACAUUUGGUCAGGGGUAUUUGGGAAGAGGUGCUAGGUUGGAAAAUUGAUGCACCAGUUUGUAAUACUGUUGAUGGAAUAGCAGUUAUUGAAGGUUUCAGUUCUGAUUUGCAUCUAAGAGAUGUUUCUCUGAGUGAAGGCCAAGAGCAUAGUCCUAGGGGCAAUGAGCACACUCCGAUAGGGGAAAGUCAGUCGUACAAUAAAACCGAACCUGAUUCAAAUUCAAAUGCUCACCUGAGCCAGCUAGUUUCACCUGUUCUCAGAGGUAAAUCCUAUCCAGGUCACGUUAGAGACUCACAAAGUCCUAGCUUGCAGAAGGAUCAGGAAAACUCCAGAUCAGUCACCUGUCUCGAGAUAGCUAGGCUAUCAGUUCAACAAAGUCCAUCCUCUGACAAAUCCAUUGAGACUAAUAGUCUCAUUUGGUGGGGUUUACUAUCUGUCCUCAGUCACUUCACCAGCCUUCUAAUCUGCAUCCUGUUAGUUGCAGGAUUCUUCAUCAAUAUUUUCCUAUACGACUUCCCAGCAUUCUUUGUAAUGUACGUAUUUUCAUUGGGCUGGUGGUUCUGUAAGUGGAAGAGACAUCGGGUGACCGCAGACAAGGAGACAGUAGGAUAGUUUGGACAGAAGAAAGCGGUGCUGUGUCAUUUGAAUACAGGGAUGGUUGGCAGUCUUGAAAUCACACUGUGGUUGCAGUUAGGUCGGUCUUCUAAAGAGAUUUUUUCAUCAUGUUCAAAACUUUGGAUGUAUGCAGGGAAACAUUAAGAAAGAAUUUUCCAUCUUUUUUUUUGUUUGUUUGCUUUGUUUUGCCAGUAUAAAAAUAACUGAAUGCUGAGAGGAGGGUUUUUUAAUAGAAAAAUCCACAAAAAAGUACCUUUUAAUGUUUUUGU